AUGCCCCCGAUCGUCCCCGCCGAACUCCCCGCCUACUACGUCUUCACCAUGGAGGGCUAUACAACGCUCGUCUAUGACGGCGGCAGGGACGACCACCACGUCUACCUCCACUCGCACAUCCGCCUCUUCAAUCCGUUCCCAGCCACUCGCCCAAUCGGCUUCACGGGCUACGUCGACCGCAUCGUGCAGUACCAGCAGGACUUUGUCGUGCUCGCCGUCAUCCCGCAGCACCUCCCGCAUUGUGUUGUUCAGAUGACCGUGCGCUACCAGAAGCUCGGAGGGCUGCAUGGGUACUUCGCCCUCGCCAUGUCCAAGGUCCUCGACAUCAUGGGGCAUCUUGCGCCCAACAGCACCCACACCAUCCCCGUCGCCACGGCCAUGUACCCACUGGACCCUGCGCUGCGCGGCGAGCACCUUGCACGGAUGCCGACGAGUCCAUCGAGUGCGCGGAUUGGAGUGUGCAGGCAGAAGUAG